AUUUUUAUUUUUGACAUAGAAAUCAUAAUUCAAGUUUUAUUGUCUGAAUCUUUUGAAAAUAAAGAGACAAAAUAUUAUGAUAAAGAAAUAAAUGCAAAUUAUUAUAAAUGCAAAUAUUCAAAUGAAAACGAACAAUUCUCAUGUGUUGAAAAAAAUUGUGACAAAUUGACAAAAUCAUUAAGAUCAAUAAUUGAUUAUCAAAAUUCAAGAGGCGUUCAAUCAAUAGAUUCAAUUUUUUUACAAAAUGAACAGCAAAUCGCCGUUUUAAAACCUGCAAAAUCACUCUAUAAAGGAAUGAGAGAACAAUUUUCAGUAAUUUUACGAAAUUUAUCAAAUCGACAUAUAAUUUUUGAAUGGGGUGACAUUUUUGGCGACGAUAAAUAUAAAUUAAAUGUAAUAAUUGAACCAAAAAGGGGUACAAUACGUCCAAAAAAUAUAAAAAUAAUACAAUUAUAUUGUGAACCAAUUGAAUCUGGUUGGAUUUCUUCAUUUUUCAUACCAUGCUUUUCGGGAAAUAUGAAUAAUUUAAUGACAAUGAGAAUAGAAUGUUUUGUAGAAUCAUUCAAUGUAUCGUUUUUAUUUCCAUGGAGAAAUCUCGAGAGUUUAUUACCAAGUGAUGAAUUAAUAAUUGUUAAUUGGAACAAUAAUGGCAAUCAAAUUGAAUCUGAUAUAAAAAUAAUAAGAUACAGAGAUAUUCAAUUAAGAAGUGAAAGUUUUACACCAGAAGAAUUUGAAUCAACAGACAGUGAAAUGGAAAAUUAUUUAGAGGAAAUUUCAUUGGGAAGUAUAAAUGAUUAUUGUUCUCUCACUUCUUUUUGCGAAAGAAAAUAUAAAUGGACAGAAAAUAUGAUUAUAAAAUUUAGUAGACUUUCUCUUAAAAAAGCUGAAAAAAGAAUUUUUUUAAUUCAAAACAAUACUGCUAUCGAGACGAAUUAUUCAAUAAAUGUAAAAAAUUUCUCCUCUCUCGAAAAUGAAAAUGAAUUCAUUGAUGAAAAUUGGGAUGAAAUUAAACAGCACGAAUGUGGAAUUGUUGUACUCACAAAACCUUCAUGUGGAAAACUUGAUCCUUUUGAAAUAAAAACAAUUUAUGUUUACACCUAUGCAGAUACCUGGGGAGAAUAUAAUGAAGAAGUUUAUAUUAAUAUCGAUGGUCUACCGCAAUUUUUAUUUAAUGUACAAAUUCAAGUCGAGGACUUACCAGUUUUGUAUCCAAUUUGUAGAAAUUUACUCUGGAAACGUCCAGUUCUGAGAUUUAUGAAAUACGAUGAUUGUUUAAAAUUCAGAUCCCUCGCUAUUGAGAAUACAAGUUACAUUCCAAUAAUUAUUAAAUGGCAUUUAUUUCGAAUUGAAAAUGAUUCAUUUAUUGAAAUAAGGCCAUUAAAAUUAUUUCUUCAUAUUUUUACGCCAUAUUCAUUUUUUGAAAAUUCCAAGAAUGAAUGCAAUGAAGAAAAUUUAAAAUUUGAGACACCUUUUAUUAAAUCUUCUUUAGAAAGAUACGAAUCAAAUCCAAGUUUCAAGGAAUUAAAUCGUUUUAAUUCUUUGACUUUAACUGACAGUUCGUCAAGUUCAAAAAUGACAAUAUUAUCAGAAAAUUGUAGUACUAUUGAAAAAGACAAGUCACAAAAAGAACAAAUAGAACUGUCUGUGCUUCCAGAUUUUAGCGAAGUUGACGAGAGACUUUUGAAUAUACAACCACGAGAAUUAUUUAUUCCAGCUAAGGAAAAACGAUUUAUCACUGUCAAUUUUAACUCUAAUGUUCCAUUUAAUUAUUACAAUAGUAAAAUUUACUUUCAAGCUCUAGGAUUUAUUAGAAUUUCUCCAAAGCACAAAAAAGAUAAAUGUUAUUUACGAAGUGAUGGCUGUUCAAUUUCUCCGACUAUCAUUGACAUAGAAAUUAUAAAUUUAAGACCAUUUCUUACUAUUCUCUCGCCAAAAUCGCAGAUGCUUUUUAAAUUCUUUGCUAAUGAAUUUGGAAAUGGAUUGAAAGAUAAGAAUACAAUUGAAAAGCAAAUUGUUUUAAAAAAUGAAAAUCAAGAAGCAUUGAAUAUAAUUCUCAAGAUUGAUUAUCCAUUUCGUAUCAAAAAUGUGACAAAUUUUGCAAAUAAAUUAUCAACUAAUUUAUGCUUACAACCUGGAGAGAGCAUUGAAACUCUAGUUGCCUGUACGUUAAAUGACAGAAUGAUUCAUGAAAUAGUCAAGGAGAAUGAAAAUUAUAAUGACUGGUUAAAAAGGAUAAAUACAAACUUAUUAAUUUGUUAUUCUGAUGGAUGCGUACAAGAAAUUGAACUUUCUCUACAAAUUUAUCUUCCCUUGAUAAAGCUUUCCACAAAAUCAUUAAAUUUCAAUGAUGUUUAUAUUGGCAGUAGUAAAGAAUUAUUUCUUACAAUUGAAAAUUGUGCAGUGUGGGAUCAAGAUUUUCAAAUAGAACAAACAAACGAACAGAGUGAAUUUUCAAUUUUUCCCACAACUGGCAUUUUAUCAUCUGGCAGUAAAAUUAUUGGACGAAGUUUAAAAAUUUCCAUAAUUUUUCAACCAAUAAAAAAUGAAACAGUAAAUGAAUUUCUCAAAAUUACAACCAGAAUAUCAGGAUAUGAAUUAGAAUUUGAAAUUUACGGUCAAGGAAUUUCCAAUUAAUUCAAAUAUUAUAUGCUAAUAUAUUUUGUAAAUUU